AUGCCUCUCCUCUUCUUAUUGCUCCUGUUGCCAAGCCCCUCACACCCCCAGCCCAGCAUCUGUGAUAUAUCCAGAGAGACCACAGAAGUGGAAGUGAAUUGUGAGAACCGGCGGCUGAAGGGGCUGCCUCCAGACCUGCCACCAGACACAGUCAUCCUGCACCUGGGUCAAAAUCCCCUGGUCCACUUCUCCACAGCAUCUGUGGUAUCGCUGACUCACCUCACCCAACUGCACCUGGAACACAGCCAGCUGGCCACGCUGCAGACUGAUGAGAUGCUGUCACUGUUGAAGACCCUGGUUCUGUCACACAAUGAGCUGAAAAGCCUGCCCCGACUAGGAAGAGCAUUACCAGGCCUCACUCUCCUGGAUGUUUCCUUCAACAAGCUGGCCUCCUUGUCGCCAGGGGCCCUGGAGGGCUUGAACCAACUCCAAGAGCUCUACCUGCAAGGCAAUAUGUUGAAGAUCCUGCCCCCAGGGCUUCUGCAAGCCACACCCAAGCUGCAGAAGCUCAAUCUGGCUAACAACAAGUUGGAAGAGCUGCCCCCUGGGCUCCUGCAUGGGUUGGAGGACCUUGACACCCUCUACCUCCAAGGAAACUGGCUGUACACAAUACCGAAGGGCUUCUUUGGAGAUCUCCUCCUGCCUUUCACUUUCUUCCAUAGCAACAUCUGGCAAUGCAACUGUGAGAUUCUCUAUUUCAGUCGCUGGCUGAAGGACAAUCCAAACAAUGUCUACGUAUGGAAGGAGGGUAUCGAUGUCAAAGCCAUGACCCCCAAUGUGGCCAGUGUGGAGUGUAGCGGCUUGCAUCAUGUACCUGUGUACGCCUACUCAGGGAAAGGUUGCUCUCCCCUUGGUCAUGACUCUGAUGACUAUGACAACUAUGAUGAAGACUACACCAGUCUCAACUACCCCAGUGGUAAGGUAAAUGCCACAAGGACUGUGGUCAAUUUCUCUACCAACAUGAAAGCCCAUACAACCCAAGGGAGCCUACUCUACUCAGAGUCUACUACUUUUCCAGACAGCAAAAUACUCUACUUGCCUCCAUUCCAAAAAUCCACCCCAAUACACACUACAUUCUCAACCAAAGAGAUCUCAGAUCCCAUCACAUUCCAAACUACCACAGAAUUCAUUGCAUUCUCCAAAAUUCUAAAACUCACUAGAGACCCUAACAUAGCUCCAACCACCCCAGAGCCCACCACACCCCCAACCACCCCAGAGCCCACCACACCCCCGGUGGUUCAAGCGAAUUUGGAUGGGGCCAGAAAUGAUCCUUUUCUUGACCCUGACUUUUGCUGCCUCCUCCCCCUGGGCUUCUAUGUGUUGGGUCUCCUCUGGCUCCUGCUUGCCUCUGUGAUCCUUAUCUUGUUGCUCAUCCAGCUGCAGCACGUGAGACCCCAGGCCUUUGGCCAGCCUCCAGUUGUGCACACUGCACAGCUAGAGCUGCAGAGAGGAAGGCAAGUGACCAUGCCCCAUGCCUGGCUCCUCUUUUGCGAGUCACUACCCACGGUCCGCUCCAGCCUCUUCCUGUGGGUACGGCCCAAUGGCCACGUGGGGCCUUUGGUGGCAAGACGGCGGCCCUCAGCCCUGAGUCUGGGUCGUGGUCAAGACCUACUGGGUACAGUGGGUAUUAGGUACUCUGGCCAUAGCCUCUGA